UCAGUCUUAUUUAGCCUCAUUUUUGAAUUCACAAUUUACUGAUUAAUAUCUAUUGCUAGCUUCACUCUGAUUAUUUAUCUGAUGACGGCAUGUUCAUUUAUUUAAUUCUGACAAAAUGGGACCACACACGUAUUUACAGAGGAUUAGACAGAAACUUACGGGAACAUGUAAGUCCGGUUCCACGCAUCGACCAUCAAUGUACUGCACAGAAAGUAUGCAGAACAUGUGAAACCGGCUCCAAGCACAUACCACAUUCUCAGAAGAGAAAAUAAAAGCAGGAAAUGUGAAGGAGAUGAGUAAAUCCGAUCCCAAUUCUGAGGCUGAUGUUCAUUUGCAUUCGUACGAAAGGUACGUACCUAACUUUCGACACUUCACAUUUCGGUGUUUUAUGCCAUUGGACACUUUAUUUUUAAGCUGUCUGCUUUCCUGUCCGCCUUUUUUCUACACCUUUUUUGCGGGAAAAAAAAUCUAUGCUGUAUGAAUGGUUUUAGUUUCAAAGGGAAUUUUUUUCUUUUUAUCAGGAGCAGUGUACCCAGUGUACUCAAGCUGGUAGUGAUAACACAACUUUCAUCACAUUUUAACAUAGCGACAAGAAAUUACGUGCCUUAUUUGAAGAAUAUUUCAUCUUUUUUUCAGCUUGUGCAGCCAUUGAGCAGGUGUAACUGGUGCUAACCUUUGCUUCCUUUAUCUCUGUUGUGACUGUUAUACACCAGGGAACAGACUUCUGUAAUUAUGGAUCUUCUCAGCCUGCUCCUGCGGGUCAUCGCCAGUAUGUUUUCUGUGGAGGACAAUGGGAGAGAAGGACAUGUGGAGAUUGAGAGUACACUGACUGUGGUGGGAAUUGACCUGGGGACAUCCUACUCAAGUGUAGGUGUGUUUGAGCAUGGCUAUGUGGAGAUCAUCGCCGAUGACCAGGGCAGCCGAAUCAUUCCUUCUUAUGUAGCUUUCACUGGAGAAGGGGAGCGUCUGAUUGGUGAUAUCGCCAAGAGCCAGCUCACCUCCAACCCAGAGAACACAGUGUUCAACAUCAAGCGGCUGAUUGGCCGAGCUUGGUCUGACCCCAGCGUUCAGCAGGACAUCAAAUACCUGCCAUUCAAGGUGAUAGAAAAGAAGAGCAAGCCUCACAUCCAGAUGGACAUCGGUGGCGGUCAGAUAAAGACCUUCGCUCCGGAGGAAAUUUCUGCUAUGGUCCUCACCAAGAUGAAGCAGACAGCAGAGGCGUACCUUGGGAAGAAGGUCACUCAUGCCGUGGUCACGGUUCCUGCCUACUUUAACAACGCCCAGCGCCAGGCCACCAAGGACGCGGGCGUGAUCGCCGGGCUGAACGUGAUCAGGAUCAUCAAUGAGCCAACAGCUGCUGCCAUCGCUUACAGUGUGGGCAAGCAAGUUGACAAUAAGAACAUCUUGGUGUUUGACCUGGGUGGCGGCACCUUUGAUGCAUCCCUGUUGAACACUGAAAAUGGUGUCUUUGCGGUGGUGGCCACCAAUGGGGACACUCACCUGGGUGGCGAGAACUUCAACCAGCGUGUCAUGGAAUAUUUCAUGAAUCUAUACAAGAAGAAGACGGGCAAAGACAUAUGCAAGGACAACCGCGCCAUGCAGAAGCUGCGACGAGAGGUGGAGAAAGCCAAGCGCACCCUGUCUACACAACAUCUGGCUCGCAUGGAGAUCGAGUCCUUCUUUGAGGGCAAGGACUUCUCUGAGACACUCACACGAGCAAAGUUUGAGGAGCUCAACAUGGAUCUGUUCCGUUCCACCAUUAAGUGUGUACAGAAGCUCCUGGAGGACGACGACAUGAAGAAGUCGGACAUCGACGAGAUCGUCCUGGUGGGCGGCUCCACCCGCAUCCCCAGGAUCCAUCAGCUGGUGCAGGAGUUCUUCGACGGGAAGGAGCCGUCCCGCGGCAUCAACCCCGACGAGGCUGUGGCCUACGGUGCGGCUGUGUUUGCUGCAGUACAGUCCGGCAACGAGGACACCGGUAGUGUGGCCCUGCUGGAUGUAUACCCCCUGACCCUGGGCAUUGAGACCGUCGGGGGUGUCAUGAAAAAGCUUAUACCCAGGAACACCUGGUUGCCAGUCACAAAGUCCCAAAUCUUCUCUACAGUCUCUGACAACCAGCUCACUGUCACCAUCAAUGUCUAUGAAGGAGAGCACCCCCAGACUAAAGACAACAACCUGUUGGGGACCUUUGACCUGACAGGGAUCCCACCAGCCCCACGCGGGGUCCCCCACAUCGAAGUUACCUUCGAGAUCACCGUCAAUGGGAUCCUCAGUGUAACAGCAAUAGACAAGGCCACGGGCAACAAAAAAGCCAUCACUAUCAACCAGAACCGGCUGACCCCCGAGGACAUCAAGCGCAUGGUGAACGACGCGAAGCGCUUCGCCGACGAGGACAGGAAGCUGAAGGACCGCAUCGAUGCCCGCAAUCUGCUGGAGGGCUACGCCUACUCGCUCAAGAACCAGGCCGGGGACCAGGAGAAGCUGGACGGCAAGAUUUCCCAAGAUGACAAGGAGACCCUUGAGAAGGUGGUGAAUGAGAAGAUUGAGUGGCUGGAGUCGCACCAGGACGCCGAGCUGGAGGACUUCCAGGCCCAGAAGAAGGAGCUGGAGGAGGUGGUCAAGCCGAUCAUUGGAAAGCUCUAUGGAGGAGUGGAUAGGCUUCUGCCACUGGGGGUGGAGGAGUACGACCAUCAGGAAGAGAGGGAUGAGUUGUAGGGCCUUCAAAGGGCUUUAAUCUCCCUUUUUCUCUCUCUGUCUCUCUCCUCUCUGGUACACAUUUGACUCGUUUUACUGCAGUGGCUUGGGUAAGUAUUCAGACCCCUUCACCUCUUCCACAUUUGGUUGUGUUAUAGACUUAAAUUUAAAUUGAUUUUUUUCUGCCAUCAAUCUAUACACAAUACCCAAUAAUAGCAAAUCAAAUUAUUAAGUAAAAACUGAAAUAUCUCAUUUACAUAAUUUUUCAGACUCUUUAUUCAGUCACUUUGGCAGCAAUUACUGCUUUGAGUCUUCUUAGGUAUUUAUAUACCAUACCAGGAUUUGCAGAUCCUUGCAGAUCCUCAUACCCAUGCGCAGAGAACAAGCCGCAGCUGCCCUGACAGCCAAGAUGGGUCACUCAAGCAAUGAACACUGCUAUCCCCACAGACCAAAUCCCUCUCACAUAUCCCUUGGACGGUGCGGAGCAAAUUCUGCUCUGCCCCAGCAGGGUUGGGCUGCUGGCCAUAGUUGGCAUGGCACAGGCCAGAUCUGACCCAAGAUCACAGUGCUCACUCAUGUGGUGCAAAGGGCACCUUUACUGAAUGACCUAUUCGCCUACUACAAUCAAGUUCAAGACCUUUCAAGGAUGAUCAAAUGAAACAGACUGCAUCUGAGCUCAACUGGACUGUCAUAGCAAAGGGCCUGAAUACUUAUGUAAAUUAGGUAUUUACAUAUUUCAAUUUUAAUACAUUUGCAAAAUAAAUUUUAAAAACAUGU